GCAGGGCACGGGCCGUCCUGUGGCACUCUGGGGCAGGCAGGUGCCCAGCCGGGCAUGGGGUACCCCGGGACUCUGGUUUUCUUGGGGAGCCCCCCAGCCAUUGCCCUCCACCCCUGGGCAUGGAGUACCCCCGGAUAUAUAGCAUCCUCACUUGUAUUCCAAUCCCAGGGCAUGGGAUACCUUUAGGCAUGGGGUACCUGAGGGAUGACUUCAUCAACAUACCCUCCCUUGGGGCACCCCCAGGGGCUGGACAUCUUGGGGACAGCUCCCCCAGCCAAUCCACACAACACCCACCAGGAUGCAGGGCACUGUGAAGACACCACUGUCACCAUCCACACCCCUUCCACAAAACUGGGGGCACUCCUGGGCACUGGUCAUCCAGGGUAUGUCUCCGUCCACAUGCUCUCACAAGGACCUGAGCCCCCUGGGAACACCCAUCCACAUAGCCCCCUCGGGAAUAAGGCAUUUGUGGAGCACCCCAAUUCAAAUUCCCCCUGUCCAUCAAUAUACUCUCCCAUGGCACAAAGUGUUUUCUGGGCAUAGGCCAUCCUGGGGGCUCCCCAUCCACACAGCCCACUUUCAGGCAUGAUCCCCCCAGGGCUCACUGGACACCCCAGGAAUGUGACAUCCUUGGGACUCCUUCAUCCACUCAGCCCCCUCCCAGGCCACUUGGCACCCUCAGGACAUGGGACACUGCAGGAUAUCAUCCAUCCGCACAGUCUUCAGUGACGCAUGGACUCCCUGCAGACCUCUCUGCCUUCAUCCAGUCCCUCCCCAGGACAUACAGAUCUACCAUCCACUCAGCAACCCUGAGCAUGGGCCCCCAAAGCAUAGCCCCCUCCCCAAUCCACCCUGAACCCUGCAAAGUCAUACAUAACCCACAACUUUUUCCCUUGACAUCCCCAAAUCCCUCUGGCUGAUGCCCACUCUGAGCAGAGGAAGGCUCCAGAACGGAACCCUGGACUCCUGCCCAUUGGUGGCAGAGGCAGCAGGGGGACAGGAGCCCGAACACCUGUAUUCCCUUGUCCAGGGAGGGGAGGGGGCAGCCAUGGAGGAGGCUGAGAGAGCAGCACCCAGCACCGGUCCUGCUGUUUGCCCACAUGUGCCUGGACUGGUGAGGGCAGCAGCAGUGGCCAGUGAGCUGACACCAUGGAAAAGCCUGGGCAGAGCAUCAUCCAGCUGGGGAAACUGAGGCAUACAGCAUGGGGAGGGGCACUGGUGGGGAGGGGGUCCAGCAUGUGACACCCGUGUCCCUGCCUUACCACCCCCGCCGAGGGCGGAAGGAAGGGGUGUCGGGUGGUGGGUGCAUGGCGGGCAGGGAAGGCGGGUGGGGAGGGGAGGAGGGGGAAGCACAGGGCUGCCAAAAUCAACUCCAGGCGGUACAAACACCCGGCCAGCUGCACGGUGUAGCUAGGGAAACACGGCACAGCUGGAGCACAACAGGCCCCUGCCCCCCCAGAAGGCUCCUCCUGGGCCUCCCUGCCCGGCAAGCACCUGGGGGGGCUGCAGCCUACCGCCCCAUGCCCCCAGUGCCAGCCUGUAGGGGUUACCCACUGUUGGCUCUCCCACAGCUGCCCCAUCACAUUCCCUGGCAUGUGUCCCAGUGCUGUAGGCACGUCUCUUGGGGAGGGCCGCGGGGUGUGGGGGGCUUGGCCAUGCUGAGGACCUGCCCAGUGGCAGAGGCUGGCGUGAAGCAGUGAGGAGCAGCCGGGCUUCCCCCAGUGAGAGGACUCGCUGGCAUCACCGGGGCUGGGACACCGCCAGGGUACUGGGCAUCCCCUGGGCGUGGGCUGUGCCUGACGCCCUGCUGCUUGCAAGCAUGGACUAUGCCCAGCAGCAUGGCACCCCCAGCUCCAUGACCUCCCCACUAUCCCCAGUGGCACCACCAUCCUGUCCCCUCUCUUUGCCAGCGCUCCUGCUGAUCUGGGUUCCAGCAGUGUGGGAGGGCUGGGGUCUGUGCGGCAGUGCCAGGGUUGCCGCGCGGUGCCCACUGCGGUGGCGGCCCUGGGGGACGGCGGGACGUGAGCAGGGCCGAGCAGGGAGGAGGCAGGCGAUGGCUCCUGGCCGCCGGUGCCAGAAAUCCGACGCUGACUCCGCGCACCCGGAGAUCAUCACAGUCUCCUGGCUCGGCUGUGGGACGUGGGGAAGCACUGAGGGAAGUUCCUUCCCCUUUCCCAGCAAAAGGAAAGAGAGAUGGGGAACUCGCCUGGCUGUGGCCCUCGCCAUGGGGAAACUGAGGCAUGGGAUGGCAGCAUGAAGUGGGGUGGCUGCGAGGGUGCCCAACACAACCAGGCUGGGAUGUGGAUGGUACACUGGCACGGGGCCUGGCAGGGUGGGUGAGUGCUGGGCAUCCCUGCCUAGGGAGGGGGCAUUUCUGCUGCAGUGGGGACACAUGGGCAGUGAGAACACGGAUGCCCCAGCUGUGCCUCGGCAUCCCUCACCACGGCCCUGGUGGCUUCUGGAAAUGCCAAGGGGUGCCCCCAGGCGAGGGGCAGAAGAUGGCUAGCCAGAGCCUCGGGGUCCCUGUGCUGGUGGGGAGGGGGCGGCGCCAGCCAGGGGUGGCGCUGGGAAAGGGUCCCAGUCCCACCAGCUGCUUCCCAGUGCCUGCACAUGUGUGCUGGCAGCGCCCAGCACAAAGGCAGCUCUGAGCCGCUCCGGCGCUGGGCCUGGCGCCGGCACAGCCCCAAUGGGGCCACCGGCUGUGGGCAGCUGGAGCCGCACCGGGAUGGAACUGGCCGGCCAUGGGCAGCCCCAGCCACACCGUCAGGCACCCACAGCCCUCCGGCACCUCUACCCUGAGUGGGUGCCCGGCUGACUCCCGGGGUGGGGAGGCGGUGGCCCCAUGGGGUGCCAUUCUGACACAGCACGGGUGGGAUGCCCCUACGGUGCCCUCCAAAACAGCCCACAUCACCGCUGGGGCUUCAUGGGCAUGUGCUCUGCCAGCAGUGAGGGUCCUGCAGAGGGUCCACAGGGGGUCGCGGUGCUGGGGCCGUGCCGUGGCUGGCGUGGGGGUGUCGUGGCGGGGCCUCGCCAGCGCUCCUGCCCCACGCAGCUCUCUAUUGUCUGGUCUCAUUAGCUGCUGCCUGCUCGCGGCUUUGAACAUGAGCUGGGCUCGGGGCGGCAGGAAGGAGCCUCUGCUCCCCGGGGAUGGGGUCGAGGCGAAACCACACGCCCCGGCUCCCCCUUCCCACAGCCUCCCACUGCCUCCGUGGCACCCUGACACCUCCUCCUCACCCCCGUGCCAGGCAUGAGCCCAGAGCUUGGGUGGCACGGGGGGUACCUCCUCUCUCCAAAAAGAGCCCCCAUCAACUGACCCGUCCUGGCACGGGGUGCGCAGAGCUGUUGGCCUCCCCAAAGCUUUGUGCCGACUGCGGCUUGCCCCGUGACUAAUCCCCCCCGGCCUCGCACACACGCGGCAGGGUGGGGGGGGCCUGUCGUAAUGGGUGGAAAUAUCUCAUAAUUCACGUUGGACACGGGGAUUACAGCCGUUCCGGCAAUAUUUGCACAACUGGCAAAUAUUUGUGCCCAGACUUCACAGGACUGCGAGAAGGAAUUUCAUUCUUGCGCCCACCUGCGGCUCAGCUGCCUGGCAUUAACCCCUUCGCCGCCCCACGGGAUGGAGGCAGAUGGAUGAGGUGCCCUCUGUUGGGGUGUGGAGCUGGACCGAGGAGCAGGAUGGGGAAAGGGAACACGGUGGGAUCGCCCCAGAUGCCAGCAGGGCCCCUGACAGAAAGUGCUCUGGUGCCAGGCAGUGGCUGGAGGUUUGUCCCUGGGCAUCCUCAGGGCAUCCCCCAAGGCUUUGUGCUGGGCAGUGCGUGGCCUGCCAAGAAUUGGGAAGAGUGGGGAAACCCCUGCCAGCCUUCAUCCCCUGAGCUGCUGGACCCCAGCUGCAGUGCCCCUUGCAUGGCCCCUCACCCAGCAGCAUUGUGGUGCCAUCCCAGGAUGGGUUGCCGGGGAGCAGUGCAGGGUGCGGUGGCACCGGGGAGCAGGAUUUGCCCAUGGAUGUUUACUGACAAUUUGCAAAUGUAAAAAAAGGCCCAGAGGGGGCAGGGGACACCCAGCUCACAGGGGCUGUCUGCACUCAGGGAGGCGGCCAGCCCAGGUGGAGGGUCCCCCGCUGCCUGGCACCCCCAGAGCCCCGCUGGGCUCCUUUCCCUGGCCCCGGGGCCAGCUGGGCCCUGAGCAAACGGGGCUGUUUGCUCAUGCCGGGAUUAGCUGCUCUCUUUGUUCCUUUGACUUUCUCUUCCCUUUAUGCCAUAUCCUUUUAUGGGGGCUUCAAAGAGGGCUGGGACCCCCCUCCCUGCCCCUGGAAGCCCAGGUUUGCUUCCUAUACACCCCCCUGCCUUGCACUGACAUCCUGGGGAUGCCCAUUGAGCACAUCUGGGUGGCCUGCGGGGACAACAGCUGUGCCACACGUCCCUGGUCUCCCCCUAUUCCCCCCCUGCUGCCUGGCACCUCUGGCUGCCCUCAGCACCUUGGGGAAGUGGGUGCGAACGGCUUCCCCCCCGCAGAGGGAUUCCCGGCACUUUGCACCCUGUAAGGAGAGGUGGGAAUCUUGGCACCAGGGUCCGUCCAGCUGUGCAGCCCUGCAGUCCCCCCCCGGCUUCCUGCCCCCUGCCAGAGCCCUGCCUGUCUCAGCCGGAGCCCCCAGGCCCCUCUGGAGUCCCUGAGCCCCACCCACUGCCCCACUCCCCCUCCAUCCAGAGCACGCAGCACCACUGGAUUUGGGCUGGGGGAAACACGGUGGGCCAGCAGCAGGGGCUGCCCCUCACAUCCCCCUCUGCCCCCCUGGCAUGGGCAGCAAAUGCCAGCAUUGCCCUCCCCAGCAGAAUCCUAGCCUGCCUACGGGCAGGGGUCUCCCACUGUCCACCAGCCUCCGGCAUGGAUGGAAAGGAGCAUUUUGGGGCAAAGGGACUAUUGUGGGCACCUCGGGUGCCCUGGUACCCACUGGGAUCCAGCAGACCUCCAGUUUCCAGCUGCCCUCUGCUUUCCCCUGAUGAGUUCAUUUGCCUAGUUACAAAGACAAGCAGGGAGCACAGGGGACUGCAGCUUUCCAGCCUGGCAUCUUGAAGGGUUUAGCACCCAGGGAGGGACAAGGACCCAAGCACGGUGGAGGGACAUUGGGUACUGAUGUGCGGCCAGUAGGAGCAGGGCCAGCGCUGGCUGAGGGGCUGAGGGUGCUGACGGCCGCGUUUGCAGCUUGUCACGUCCGCAGAGAAGGGGCAUGGCCGUGUGUGGGAAGCCCGGCGGUGUUUGACCCCAGUACUCAGGGCUCCAGCUGCUGCAAGCCGAGUUCCCAGCCUCGUCUCUGGAGCCGCAGCACCCACCGGACCCCCUGUCCAGGCAACCCCGCGACCUGCAAGGUGGGCUACGGGGGGUCUGAGCGAGGCAUGGGGCAGGCAGAGCGGGACUGAGGUGUUUACUCUGCCUGUUGUCACCCGGCCAGGCGCUGCCGGGAACUGCCAGCCGCAGGAACAGGGGUGGGAGCAGGCAAGCGCAGGGGUGUGAGAAGGAAGCGCGGGCUGUGGGGAGAGCGGGAGCAAGAGGAUGUGGGAUGGGGGGAUCCCCCUCAAAAGGGGGAAUCCCCCUCAAAAGGAAGCAUGUGUGUGGGUGCUUGGCCACGGGGGCUAUCUGUGCGGGGAGCCUGACGUGCUGAGGGAAGCGUGCAUGUGUACACACGUAGGUCUGAGGGUGCACAUGGGAUGGGUGUACACGUGUGCCACACAAACACACAUGUGCACAUACACAGGUCAGAGUGCCCUGGGUGGGGGGGAGUCAUGGCUGUGCCAAAGUCUGGCACUGGGAAGAUCCCUGGUGCUUCUCCAGCCAAGGGAGGGGUGUCCAUGGGUGCUUCACCUGUCCCCCCAACCAAUACCUCUGGUGAAACGGCCCCAGGGGACCACAUGCCAGCCAGAUCCCCAUGCUCCAUCACCAGCUCAGAGAGGUCCCCAUGCACCACAGCCCUGUCAGGGAUCUCCACUCCCCCGAGUCACUGCUGGGUGGCAGAGACAGGGGUUGGAGCCCACCUCUGGGCAAGGAUCACUGGGGUUGGGGCUUACCUCUGAGCAAGGUUCGUCAGGGAUAGGGUCACACUCUGGGUGAUGGUCACCAGAGUUCUGGGUCCAUUUCUGGGUGAAGGUCAAGGAUAUAAGAUCCACUUCUCGGUGAAGGUGACCAGGGAUGUGGUCUACCUCUGGAUGAAGGUCACCAGGGCUGAAGCCCACCUCUGUGUGUGCAUCAACAGGGUUUGGGGUCCACCUCUGGGUGAAGGUCAAUGGGAUAGGGUCCAUCUCUGGAUGAAGGUGAUGAAAGAUUGGGUGCAUUUCUGCAUGAGGGUCACCAGGGUUGAAGCCCACCUCUGAGUGAGGCUCACCAGGGUUUGGGGUCCACCUCUGGGUGAAGGUCACUAGGGUUGCAACCCACCCCUGUGUGAGGGUUUUUGGUGGCCUUCAUGCCUGGCUGCUGAAAACAGGAGCAGGAUCCCAUCAGGGCUGGUGGCCCCAGGGCUGUCUAGCGCAGGGUCACUGAUGCCAUCUCUCCAGCAGGUACCAGGGCCACCUUCACCCCGCAAACAGGCACAGCUGAGGUGCUAACUACUGAGGCCCCGCAGCCAAGCGCUCAGGCCAGGGGCAGGUGAGGCGCCCAGGGACGCCCUUCCCGCGCCCCGAGCCAAGGGAGGAAGCGGCCGGAGGCAGGAAGCCGUCCCCCGGGCACGGGGCCCCCGCUGCGAUUUUGCUCGAAGGUCAGUAGCGACACAACAGGAAAUCGCGCGGCCUCGCUGGGCGGCCGGGCUGGAGCCGGUGAGCUGCGCCGUGCCGCCCCAGGGGCACUCCUGGCCCUCCGUCCCGGCUGGGCGGCUGGCGGGGAGCCCGCACCACCGCCACCCCCCAUGGAAGGGGAAAGGGGGCUGGGGAGCAGCCGCUGGCCCCAGGGUGGAAGAUGCAGGGCCGAAGCCCCCAGCUGAGCAUGGAGCUGAACAGGCUGCUCCUCCUCACAUCCUUCCUCCUGCACAUGGAAGAUGGCCAUGCCAGCCCAACGCGGCUGGUCUGCGACAACAGGCUCAUCCAGAAGUACAUCGGGGAGGCCAAGGACAUGGAGAAGAGAGCGGGUCAGUGCCAGGUGCUGCACACACUCACCUGCCCCGUGGUGCUGCCCUUGGUGGACUUCAGCCUCCAGCAGUGGAAAUCCAAAUCGAACGAGACCAAGCGGCGGGAGAUCCUGUGUGACCUGGCACUGCUGGUGGGGGCCGUGGCAGGGGCCCAGGGCCAGGUGACCCAGGAGUGUGGGGCCAGGCAGCUGGGACAGCUUUACCAACAUGCCAACUCCUUCCUCCUGCUCCUGCAGACCUUCAGCUGGGAGGCAGGACCCUGGGAGUCAAGCUGCUCCCCGCGCUCCAUGGAGCAGACCCAUAUCACCAGCAUCUUCCUCACCUACCGGCAGCUGGUGCAGGGCAAACUACGCUUCUUCUUCCAUGACCUGGCCAAGGACUUGUGCCAGCAAGGGCAGGAGGGUGUCAGAGACCCUCAGCAAGGCUGCACACAGGGCUCACAACCCUGAUCCCAGGUCAGAGCAAUCCUGCUGGACAACGAGCUGUACUCUGGGCAUUUAGGAAGGAGUCCACAGGGAAAGGAUUGGUUCCUGCUCCUCAAACCUUCAUCAACCACAUGGCCCACAGAGGCAGACAGCAGCACACCUGUGUGCCGGUGGGUACAGGCCCUGCUCACACCCAGGCAGGCACCUCUACUGUGAAUGCUUUACAAUUAAAGAGAUAUUUUUCUAAAA